AUCAUGUCGACGCACGUUAAACCUGACCCCCCCCCAUUCCGUUGCGUGUCUCACUCACUCUGAAUCCAAGUUAAACACAAACAAUAGAUUCUUUUUUUUUUUUUUUUCUUUUAUUUUACAAAAACAAAGUAACUGAUAAUGGAAUUUGACGGUGUUAUCUUUCCAACAAACUCCGUUAUCUGUAACCGAUACUUUCAUCAUCUCCAUAAUGGAUCCCUUGAUCCGCAAGCUCCGCCGCUACCUUCUCCAAUGGCUUCACCGAUCUCGUUCCGGAUCGGUGUUUUUUGUGAGGAGAAUUUCGUAUAAGGAAGUUAGAAAAGCAACAGAUUGUUUUCAAAGAAUUGUUUAUAGCAAUUCUGAAGUUUCAGCAUAUGCUGCGAAUUUUGGUGAUGGUGGUGUUUGUUUAGUGAAAGAAGUUAAAGAAUUUGAUAAAGGAAAUGAUGAGAAUUUUCAUAGACAAGUGCAGUUGUUAGGACGUUUGCAUCAUCGACACCUUCUUUCUCUCAAAGGCUUUUCUUUAGGACACAAUCGCAAGAGCAAGAGACUGCUCAUAUUUGACAACAUAGAAAAUGGAAGCUUAAAGGAACAUCUCAAUGACCCCUUGAAGACUCCCUUAAAUUGGAGGACAAGGUUGCAGAUUGCUAAUGGUGUUGUGGCUGCAUUGGAGUACUUGUUUCUUUUCAGUGAACCACCGAUAAGUCAUGUCUCUAUCAGCUCUAGCAAUAUUAUGUUAGAUGAGAACUUCACCCCAAAACUAUCUGAUUUUGGCCUUCUUACUGGUGGAAGUUCUGUCUUGAUACCACCAUACUCCCAAGAUAGCACAGGACAGGAAAGUUCCAAGAUUAUAUUCCAACUUGGAGUUCUCAUACUGGAACUAGUCACCGGUCAGUCUUCAGAGAUGGAAGGUUCUGAUUUAAUUGAAUGGAUUCAAGAAUCCCGAUUUUUCAGUUCAAUAGAUAAGAUGUUAGACCCUGAUCUUGGAAACAAUUAUGACUGUACGGAGCUUAAAAGUCUUCUAGCUGUGGCAAAAUUAUGUAUCAAAUCGUGGGACAAACCUUCAUAUACAAUUCCUCAGUUAUUUCGGUAUCUCCAAAAGGAGACUGAUAUUCCCCAAGACUAGGUCUGUUUGUUACUUGUAUUGUUUGAAAACCUUGUGUUGCUUGGGAGAAUAUAUACGAGAAUAUUAGUUAUUAGUUA